AUGGCUGAAGGAGUUUGCAAAACGGAAGAGGAUGAAGGUCCAUGCACCGAGGAGGACGCGUCUUUCCACGGGGUCGGCGUCUGCAAGUGGUUCAACGUGCGCAUGGGCUUUGGGUUCCUGUCCAUGACCAACCGGGAGGGAGAGCCACUGGAAGAACCGGUCGAUGUGUUUGUUCAUCAGAGCAAGUUGCACAUGGAUGGCUUCCGAAGUUUGAAAGAAGGCGAGGACGUCGAGUUCACCUUCAAGAAGUCUUCUAAAGGCCUGGAGUCUCAGCGAGUCACUGGACCUGGUGGUAUCCACUGUGUGGGGAGUGAGAGGAGACCCAAAGGCAAGAAGGUUCAGAAGCGACGCUCCAAAGGAGACAGGUGCUACAACUGCGGGGGCCUAGACCACCAUGCCAAAGAAUGUAAACUGCCACCUCAGCCCAAGAAGUGCCAUUUCUGUCAAAGCAUCGAUCACAUGGUCGCCCAAUGUCCAAUCAAAGCACAAGGAUCUCAGGGAAAGCAUCUGUGUGAGGAGGAGCACAGCCACUCAGCACCGCAGGCAGAAGUUACCGAAUAA